UGAGAGAGAUGUAACGUUGGUCGCGUCUUCUUCCGGGUCUCGGGGAGUGGUGGGGAUCGCCGGAUCGGGCAUGGAUCUGUGGCAGAGGGCGAAGGGCUUAGCCGAGGAGGCGGCGAAGCGGUCGCAGGAUCUCACCAGGGACGCUGCCAGGAUCUCUCAGGAGUUCGUCUCGGAGACGACCAAGAAGUCGAAGGAGAUCGCCGCCGAGGCCUCCAAGAAGGCCGACUUGAUCCGCUCCGAGGCCCUCCGCGCCGCUGACCAGAUCAAGACCCUCGCCGUCGACAUCCCCAUCCCGAUCCCUUCCACCUUGGGGCAGGGAUCCAAUGCGGCUGUUGCUCCCGACCCCGGGUCGGAUCUCGAGAGGUUUGGGGUCACCGAGGAGCUGAGAGAGUUCGUGAAGGGGAUCCAGCUCAGUACUUUCAGGGAUUUCCCCAUGCAAGAUGAACCAGAGAUGUCAGACGUUCCCACAGUGUCAAAUGUGAGGCAGGAUCUUAAUGAAUGGCAAGCAAGGCAUGCUACACUUGUUCUGUCGACAGUGAAGGAAAUAUCAACAUUCAGAUAUGAGCUAUGCCCACGCUAUAUGAAGGAGAGGAAAUUCUGGCGGAUAUAUUUUACUCUCAUAAACAGUUAUGUGGCUCCCUACGAGAAACAGUAUAUGGAAGAGUUGAAGACGAAAGCAGAGCAAAGUCAAGUUGAUAGAAUCAAGGAAAAUCCAACUGCUGUCUCAGCUACAGCAGCAAAAUCAAAAGAAACAAAACUGCAAAAGACUACUACCUCAUCAACCGUAGAGGACUUGGAUGUGUUCCUUCUGGGAGAUCUUGGAAGUGAUGAUGAGGGUUUGGAUGAUGGGAAUGAUGGUUUGGAUGAUGAUCUUAAUAAGAUUGGGAGCACCUCGGGCUUAGAUAGUGAUAUUGACAAAAUCUAAGCUGUCAAGUUAAACAACCAAAGGUGAUGCAGCUGUCUUCAUGCAUACUAUAAUGCUGAACUUGCACAGUUCUUGCCGAUAGUGCCUACUUGCUCAGAAUGUAAUGCUGCCUCAGAGUCGAGAAGGCCACAUUCCCUGUACGUCAUCUCUGAUUCCUUUAUUUGUGAGUUCAUCAAAUUUCUGUCUCUAUGUACAAGAUCUCAGAUACAGACAUUUCUCUCCUUCCUGCCAAGAUAAUGAUGAUCUUGUUUUGUCAAGACUAGCUCGUAUUGUUCAUUGAUUAUGACAUUUUAGCUUUUAUGUUACUUGUAACGGCACAAAGUAAUUCAUUGAGCUGUGAACUUAAGCUUUA